AAGAUUUGGAAUUUUUAAUCGAUGUGCCGCUGAGUAUUAAGAAGAAGCACGAAAUAGCGUACUUAGCUAAAGAAAUCGAAAUAUUAGCAAAGGAUUCAAACUGCGAAACUGUCGUCGAUUUUGGGUCAGGAUUGGUCUAGAAUGCAAUGAGACGCAUUACGUUGGUGCUAAAAAACGUCAAAGAAAAUACCACAGUGAUUCAAUUGAUCAUGUUAAAUAUGUAAAACAUACUGUUAAUGAAGAAUCAUAUGUAAAUAUAGACGAAUAUGUAGAAGAUAAAUUUGUAAGCUGUAAUAGUUUUUGCAUAGCAGGCUUACACGCGUGUGCAGACUUGACAAUAGACGCGAUGAAUAUAUUUUUGAAAAUGGAAAAAGCGCGCGCUAUUCUAAUAAUGCCGUGUUGCUAUCAUAGAAUACUUGAAGAAACUAGUUGUAAGUUUAAAAAUUUUCCACUAAGUAAUGCUUUGAAAGAUAUAUAUCAAAAAUACAAUGGAAGUGAUUAUUUGACGGUGCCGUUUUUGAGGUUAGCAACACAACCUCCGAAUGCUUGUCAAGAAAAAAUGGAAGACUUGGUUUUUAAUUUGUUAGCACGAGCUGUUCUACAACUUUACAGUUCUGAAUAUAAUUGUCAGCUUAAAAGAAAUAAACGUAAAGCAGUACGUUUAAAAUCGAUCGGAAAUAAUUUUGAAGAAUACAUACACGAUGCUAUUGCUGGCUAUAGAUUAAUAUGCAAUAACACAGACAAUAGUAAGAAUAGUACAUUUUUGGAUACUGAACAAUUGUCUAGAAUAUGGCGCGAAAUUCAUCCAUUGACGUUUAAAAAGGCCGCCAUUUUUAUUUUUCUUCAAAAUGUUUUGCAACCGGUUUGCGAAAAUUUUAUUUUAUACGAUAGAUUAUUCUACUUACAAGAGAAAGGAAUAAAAAAUUGUAAAUUUAAGAAAAUCGCUAAUGAAAAUAUAUCACCUCGUUGUUUAGCUUUAUUGGCUCAAAAAUAGUUGUUUUUUAUCUACUUAUAG